GAAAGUUCACUUAUGUAAUAAUCUUUGGACUAAUCACUACAGUCAUCCUGUUUCACUUGUGUUCUUAACUUUUAUAAGGGAUUUAAUCAAUUAAACAUGCUCCUUAUUAGAAGAAAGCAGUGGUAUCUAUUAGCCAGAUCACUUCCAGAUGUUGCUGAGAUACAGUAAUUUCGUCACCUAUCUGUUGCACCUGAUGCAAAUCAGUCCCACUGAUUAAAUAAUGCCAAAGUGGUGGCAGAGGCCAGGACGAUUAGAUAAAAUCUACAAAGCAGAAUGUGUGAACUGGUCCGUAGUUUCUAGUGGAUGCUAAACAGACAGGAUCAAUGAUAAUAGAACAAUAAACAACAACAACAACAACAAAAAGACAAGGUGAGACCACAAGAUAACUCAUUGAAGUCACCGAUGAAUAAAGUGAUGUUAAUCGUUUGAAGCUAUGAGUUAAUAUAUAGAGGUCAUAAUAUAAUAUUGAGAGAGUAUAAUAGUAGUGGUCAUGAGAUCCUGAGCAUCCAGUCUAUUAACUUUAUUUAUGUCUCCCAGCAGCAGAUAGGAAAAGUCUAUUUGCUUUGAGAAUUUGUUUAAGGUUCAGUGAGCUAAUGUUACAUCGGUGUCACAAUUGCAGUUGAUUUAUUAAUGUGCUGUUUAAUAUUAAUAAACUUUAUCUUAUAUAUACAGUAUACUAUAUUACCUGUAACACCUGUCGUCAACAGUUUUAAUUAAAACUAAAGAUUGUACAUUUGUUAUUUCUGGCAUGUUUAUAAGUGUCUAUAUGUUUUGUUUAAUUUGUAGUUUGCUAGAAAGUGACUUAUCUGGCAACAGGACAAAGCCCCACCUUAUAGAGCUUCCCUUAAUAAAGCACAUCAUCUUCCUACGGUCCAAUAUACACUUGGUCUCGGUCUGAGGAGACACGACGCAGCCCAACAUGACGACCAAGAACGAUUCUGCUAAUGACACCAUACCAGAUGGUUACUUACCCUGCAAUAACAACAACGUAAUGGCCUUCAGCCGAGUCUUCCUCCCUACACUCUACAGCAUCGUCUUCAUCGUGGGGUUCAUCGGCAACUGCCUGGUUGUUUGUGUCCUGGUCAAGUUCCACAAAAAGUCCAACAUGUCAGAUGUGUGUCUCUUCAACCUGGCGCUUUCAGACCUCCUCUUCCUUCUCUCGUUACCUUUCUGGGCUCACUACGCCCUCACCAGUCAGUGGACCUUCGGGAGCUUCAUGUGCCAUACAGUGACAGCGUUCUACAUGCUGGGAUUCUAUGGAAGCAUCUUCUUCAUGAUCCUUAUGACCAUUGAGCGCUACAGUGUCAUUGUCCACACCCAGACCUCCCUGUUCUCUAAGCACCGGUCUGUCAGAGCUAGCAUAGCCCUGGUUUUGUUUAUGUGGACACUUAGCCUGGGAGCUUCUCUGCCAAAUAUCAUUUUCUCACAAGUGAACAAUAAAGUAUGGACAUGCAGUUUGGAAUAUCCAAAAGGAACAAAGUGGAGGUCUUUCUCUUACAUGGAGUUGAACAUCCUUGGUUUAAUUAUUCCUCUGUCAGUGAUGUUGUUCUGCUACUCGCGCAUCAUCCCUAUCUUAAUGACCAUGAAGUCUCAGAAGAAACACAGAGCUGUCAGGCUCAUGCUGGUCUUGGUCAGUGUUUUCUUCCUCUUCUGGACACCUUACAACAUCGUCAUCUUCCUGAAGUUCCUGCAGUAUCUGGAUUACAUGAGCACUUGUAAGUGGUAUCAGGACCUGAACAUGGCUAUGCAGUGGGUGGAAACCAUAGCGUUCUGUCACUGCUGCAUCAACCCCAUCAUCUACGCCUUUGUGGGGCAGAGAUUCAGGAAUUUAUUUCUAAAGAUCUUGAAAUUGUGGUUUCCUUGUUGCUUUGGUCGCUGUACUACAACUGAAAGUGAGCUCUCUGUGAAGAGGACCAUUAGAUACUCCUCAGAGACUUCUUACACAAAGAUAAAACUAAAAGGUGGUUAAAACCAUUAUCACAUUUGUACUACUAUUAACUCUUAUUAUGCCUGGAUGGACAAUGUAGCCAUGUAAUGUGAAGACCUUAAUGAACACUGCGUUAUAAAAAUAAUAUAAUAUAUAAAUAAUAUAAAUGCUGUAUAAAUAAUAAAAAGAGUGAAUGAAACAAAUCCACAUCCAGCCAAUAAUUCAGCUUGUAUAUUCAUUUUAAAGGCUGCCAAGUGUGCAUGUUUUUUUCCAUGGAAGUUUAAAGUCAACUAAAUAACCAGUCAAACAGUUUACUUAAAGUCACAGAA